UUGAAAUAGCUACUCGCUACGGUUAAAACUAUGCUGGAUGUUCCUUCUUGCAAAAAUUUGAAGAUGGGAGGCAGUUGUGAAACGAUGGACUUACAAUAAAUCAUACAAUAAAUAAGCAUUUCGUUAACUUGUUUGGAAAAUUCUCUUCUUGCUUCAUGUUAUUGAUGUUAUCCUUUGAUGUUAUCACAUGAGUGUAUGCAACUAACAAUACAGAGCUUAAAUUGUCAAACAUGUGUCAAACAGAGAAAAAUAGUGGAUUCCCUUCAUAAGACGACAAAAAUAACUCCUGUGCAACUUCAGACAUUAAUCCAUGUCGGGAACCCAAAAGAGAAAGGUAAAAUUGAACUCAACUUACCGCUGAACAUACUAGAAACCAGCUUGGGCAUCACUAAUGUAAAUGAAAUAUUGAAAAUUCAUCCAGACGAUAUUAUUAAAAGCGUUCAGUUGGUUCGUGACCGCGCUAAUAGAAAGAUAUCUUUUGAAAUAGAUAGAAGCAUUUUUAUUAAAGAUGUUAUAGAAAACUGUUACUACCCAGAAGUAAAUUUUAAACCAAAGAAUAUUGUAGUGGAAUAUAGUUCACCAAAUGUAGCUAAACCAUUUCAUUUUGGUCAUUUACGAUCAACAAUCUUAGGAAAUUUCUUAAGUAAUUUGAACCUGUUUAUUAAAAAUAAUGUUACCAGAAUAAACUAUUUGGGCGAUUGGGGUACGCAGUUUGGAUUUAUUAAAGUGGGAUUAAAGGACCUAAAUUAUAAUUUAGAUAGUCUGAAAACAGAUCCUAUAAAGAUUCUAUAUCAGUGCUAUGUACAUGCCAACAAGAUGGCAGAAAAAGAUCCUGAGAUAUUAGAAAGAGCUAAAGCUGAAUUUGUUAAGCUCGAACAAGGAUCUGCGAAUGAUCUAAAACACUGGCAACAGAUACUGAACUUUACCAAAAACGAAUUAGUAAAAACCUAUGAGAGAUUGGGUGUUACUUUCGAUGAAUAUAAUUAUGAGUCUAUGUACAGUCAGAAGGAUAUUGGAGAUGUAAUAGAUACAAUGAGGAAAAAGCACAUUUUAAAAAAGCAGCCUGAUGGAAAAGAGGUAGCAGAAGUUGGUACAGAUAAAACAGUAACAGUAAUAAAAAGUGAUGGGUCAACCCUCUACCUGUCUAGAGACAUAGCUGCAGCAAUAGAUAGGUUUAAAAAGUAUAAUUUUGAUAAAAUGUAUUACGUGGUUGCUAAUGACCAAAAUGAUCAUUUUUACGCCUUAAGAAGUAUCCUGCACAAAAUGGAUUUGCCAUGGUCCGAUAGACUGGUACAUGUGAAAUUUGGCAGGAUUAAGGGAAUGAGUUCGAGAAAAGGAACUUCGGUAUUCCUGCAAGAUAUCUUAGAUGAGUGCAAAGAGUUAAUUGUUAAAAGGCAAAUAGAGUCACCUACUACAAAGGUACCGAUAAGCAAUGAUCACAUUUCCGACAUUCUGGGUAUUAGUUGUGUAAUAAUAAACGAUUUAAAGCAAAGAAGACAAAGGGAUUAUGAAUUUGAUUGGGACAAAGUUUUACAGGUAAAAGGAGAUACGGGUAUAAAAUUACAAUAUACCCACUGCAGACUGCAUAGUUUAGAAGAAAACUGCGGCGUGUUACCUGCCAAGUCGUGCAAUACUUCCAUUUUAAUUGAAAACGAAGUGGUAGAGCUGAUUAAGGAACUGGCGAAAUUCCAAGAUGUAUUACACAAUUCUCUGGAACAAUUAGAAGCCUGUAUUCUAGUAGCCUAUUUGUUUCAUUUGUGCAACCAUGUAAGCAAAGCUUUAAAAACCCUCCAGGUGAAAGGUAUGGAUCCAGACGUAGCAGCUCAGAGGCUCUUGCUCUUCAACACUGCCAGAGAAGUUUUAAAUAAUGGUAUGCGUAUUUUAGGUCUUAAGCCACUGAUUAAAAUGUGAACUAAACAGGUCACAAUAAUAAUAUAGUAGUGAAACUCUGUGAUUAUGCUGAAUUGUACAAUUUGUUAAUAAAACAGAAAGUAGUAUGACAAAGAAC